AUGACUUCACCGACACUUACCCCAGAUCAAGCCACGCGGCAGCGCAGAAAGAUAGAAAAGGACAAGAGGCGCAAAAACUAUCAUGACCAACAAGUACAAGGCACGAACAACUCGUCGAUCGUCUCGAAACGCAGCGUGGAGAAAUUGUACUGCCGCGAGAUCCAACCUGAGCUCGGUUCAUGGUUCUCGCAUUUCGUCAAGGGCAAAUUCAAACGGCGAUCCCCCGCGAUCAACCGCGGGUAUUGGAUUCGAAUGGAGAGUGUCCGUGCUGUGCUUUUGCGUAUAUUGGAGUUGAACUUGGGCAAGCGUGUUAAUGUUGUCAAUCUUGGCUGUGGGUUCGACCCCUUGCCUUUCCAAAUGUUAAGCAUGCUUGGUAGUGGUGGUGGUGAAUACGAUUUGAAGUUUUUUGAUGUGGAUUAUCCCGACUUGGUACGGGAAAAGAUUAAGCUUGUGAGCGAGGCGGCUGAGAUUCGAGAUUUGAUUGGUUGGAAAAGUGGUCAAGAUGAGGAUGCUAAGCGCGGGGAGAUUUGCACUGACGCGUAUUGGCUUACUGGGUGUGAUUUGAAGGAUUUGCAAAGUUAUCGAGAUUUGUUACACAGGAUCCGCAACCAGGGUGACAACAAUGAUGGCGAUGAUGAUGCAGUUAGUAUAUUUAUUGCAGAGGUGUCGCUAGCUUACAUGAAACCUGAAUUUGCCGAUCCUGUAAUUGAAGCCAGCUCCAGACAGCCCAAUUCGCAUUUCAUCAUGUUGGAACAAAUCAUGCCCGAUGGCGCUCACAAUGCCUUUGCCACCAAGAUGCUUUAUCAUUUUGAGCAUUUGACAAGUCCCAUACAAUGCGUCGAGUCGUACCCUACGAAACGGCUACAAGUUGAUCGGUUCAAGCAGAGCUAUGCCGAGGUUGAAAUUAGGAAUCUAUGGGAGAAUUGGAGCGGUUUAGUUGAAGAUGCAGUAAAGACUCGCUUGAUGCAAUUGGAGGAGUUUGAUGAAUGGGAAGAGUUCAUUAUAUUUUGCCAGCAUUACAUGGUGCUCCAUGCUACCAAUUGCACAGCUCAAUUGGUCUAUAAAGGUGAUGGUGAUGGAGCCGAUGGUGAUUUGAUUUAUGAAGAUUUUAAAGUGGAUCUGGAUGUUACAUUUGCACACGAGGCGAAAUUUGAGUCGGGGGAGAAAAUGUUGCAAGUCAAGUUCCCCGCCGUCGCGGCAUUGGGUGAGACAAUAUUUGUCAAUGGCGGAUUGAAGCAAGCUCGAGUUGAUGAGACUUUGUAUUUUGAUUAUGCCACGGGUGAAAUGGGACUUGUCAAGGUUAUAGAGGAGAAGGGAGGAGGAGCUAUAGUGCCAUCAGCUCGUGUGUGUCAUAGUUUGACCAGUGUUGGUGGAGAGUUGAUUCUCAUUGGCGGUAGAACACGACCUGGUGAUUACAAAGAUGAAGUAUUUGCAUUUAAUGGAACCAAUUGGAGCCAAAUUGGCCAGUUAGAUUUGAAGCGCGCGAGACACUCAGUGGUGAAGGUUAGUGAGCUGGAAUUGCUCAUAUUUGGUGGGUUAAGUGGGGUCAACGAGAAGGACGACGAGCCCGCAAUGGGUGAUUUGUUCCUACUUUUCAAUGUGCAAAGUCGAGAAUUCCACAAGGUCAAGGUCAAAUUGAGCGGAGAUGGAGAUGCAAUGGUCAAUUUGAUGAGCGCAAGCAUGGUGUAUGACGCUGAUCAAGGUGUCGGGUACUUGUACGGAGGCAUGAGUGAUGUCUCCAUACCGAGAGUCAACGAUAAGCUAUACAAAUGGACACUCUAUACACAAGGUGAUGAUGAUAAUAAUAGGGAGAGAAUUGUCCAUCUUGAGGUUGUGUUUGAGAGCGCCUUUUUUUCAAGAAUCGGAAGUCGCGCUUCUCUAAUUCAAGAUUCGCGCAAAUUGUUGAUUGUAGGUGGUGUUUCGCCCACUUCGAUACUAACACGCUUGACCAACGUUAUGACGUUGGAUGUGCAAAGCUUCCAAUUCCGCAGCGUGGAGAUCCCCGAGCUGGUGUAUGCCCUAUGUCCUCCCAUAUUUAUAGGCUUUGGAUACGUUGAAAACGUUGCCAGCGGUGGAGAUGAAAACAAGAAAAUGAGCUUGAUCGUGGGUGGAGGUGCCGUUUGUUAUUCGUUUGGAAGUUGCUAUAAUCUGGUAUAUAGAUUAGAAUACUGA